GUUUUGUGGUCUAUAUGUUUUAUGCGAUAAACUACGGCAUUAGACGCGGUUUUUCAUAAUUUUUUGUAAUUUCCUAUCUUUAAUAACUUCAAAAUGAAGCUAGUCAGAUUUUUGAUGAAAUUGAGCCACGAAACUGUGACAAUGGAGCUGAAAAAUGGUACCCAGGUGCACGGCACGAUUACAGGCGUUGAUGUAGCCAUGAAUACCCAUCUGAAGGCUGUUAAAGUUACGGUGAAAAAUCGAAAUCCAGUCACUCUAGAUACACUCACUGUUAGAGGUAACAAUAUCAGAUACUAUAUCUUACCAGACAGCUUACCUCUAGAGACUUUGCUUAUUGAUGAUACUCCAAAAGCUAAGGCAAAGAAAAAAGAAUCUGCCAGGGGAGCAACUAGAGGUAGAGGUAGAGGAAGGGGUAGAGGAGGGCCUAGAGGAAGAGGUAGAGGCAGAGGAAGAAGAUAA